GUUUCCGAUGACGCAAGGAAACCGGAAGCUCUUGUAGUCUGACUGCUGUUGUUGACACUGCGCACUCAUAGCCACACACCGUAACAUAUCGUUUUCUAGGUGUUUGUGCUUACAAGAUCACAAGCCAAAUCUCCAGUACUGUAGUCAUGUUAAAUUUGUCUUGACUGACGGGUUUGUCGUUAGUUUUUUUCCCAUUUGUCUCCGCUGACACAGCUGACUUUGACACGCAGUUAGCAUAAGAGGCUAACUUUAAUGAGGGAAGGAAGCUAACGAGGAUGUCAUGGGAGGAAAACUGAAGCUCAGAAGCCUCUGGAAAUAAUCUGAAAGCUUUCCUGUAAUCUUUAGCAGCUUUGUGUUUGCAGCUGGUGUGGACCCCACUCUAAACAAGGUAUGUGUGAGGAAGCACUUAAGAUGUCGCGAACCAAACCUGACACCCGGCUGUGGAGGGCUUAUGAAGCUAAAUCUCACCAUAGAUGAUAUUAUAAAGUCCAUGGUAAUCAUAACUCUGUUUCUUUCUCCCCUCGCAGAUGUCAGUGGAGCUGGAUGUAUUCGUGGGUAACACCACUAUCAUGGAUGAGGAGGUGUACCAGCUCUGGUUGGAUGGAUACACAGGUAGGCCUGUCAAUAACACCUCAGAAUAAUUGGGUUUGGUUUGUUUGUUUGUCUGUUUAGAACUGAAACGAUUAUGCACACAAUGUGGGUUCAACAUCUGUGUAAAAGCUCAUAUAAUACAAUGCAUUGUUUCUUUAACUGGGGGUCAAGACCUGAAUGGUUUAAAGAAAAAUACUUGUUGCUGAAAAAAAAAGAGAAAAAUGAAAGACUGAAUAAAUAAAUUAGCGUUAAGUUUAACAUUAAAAUACAAAAAAAUAUUCCCUCAUUUGCAUUAACUACAAAAUGUCUCUUGAAUUAACUCCUUCCAUGCACACACCCCUUUGUUUGCAACACGGAAUCUAAAUCAUCCAACUUUGCAGGCAGUUUGGCUCCAGUUUACACACUAUAAAGUCUAGGGUUGCAAAAUUCAGGGAGUUUUCAAAGUUUGAAACUUUCCACGGGAAUUAACGGGAAUAAAUCUGAAACUUACGAAAUUAAAGGUUGGCACUCAACAGGGAACGUAAAUAUAGUUGGGGAAAAUAUAUUGUAGCAUAAUCUUGGCUAAAACAACCAGAUUUGAUAAGAGUACACUCCUCAAUCACAUGCACACAGCACACUGUUUACUGCAGGGCUAUCGAGGCCACAUCCCCUACAUGUACUGUUUAUUCCUCCAUCACAUACACAGAUGAUUUCUUGAAUCCUGGAGGCCACACUUUUGAGCCCAAAGCACAAGACAUUUGAGCCCACAGACUAUAUAAAGUCAAGUAAUUUUGAUAAUUAUUGGGUGAAUAUAGUUGAUCUAUAAUAGUAUUAAUAUUUAACUUGCGAAAAUUAAAUAAAAAUAGGUGCUAAAUGGAAGCCUCAAAUGAGAUGCUGUUUCUCCUGACUCCUGCAAGACGAUUUCCUUCUUCCAGUUAAUUCCCAUAAAUUUCCAUAAUUCCCAUGGAAAGUUUCCAAUUUUGGAAUAUUUCCAAAAUUCACCAGCCUAACUUCCCAUGGAGAGUUUCUGGAAAUUAACCGGAAAUUUACUGGAAAUUUCCCGCCCCUUUGCAACCCUAAUAAAGCAAUAUGCAAACAUUGGUGCAGUGAUAAUGAAAUAAGUAUAACAUAGCUCUGUGAUUCUCUUUACUGUAAAGCUCUUAUCUUUGUGUAAAGAGUUUUUGUCUUUAAAUAGUCAAAUGCCACAAAGACUGAAAUGCCAUAAAACAAAUAACUUAAAUAACAAUAACCUGACCUCCAUACUCACAUUCAUAUCCUGCAUUUUUGUUUUCGAUCAUGUCAAGUAAGAUAAAGGAAGAGUAAUUUAGUGCUGUAGUGGAAUGUUAUUUUUUUUGGUGUGAAGAUUGUUACUCACAAUGUUUGUCGUAUUUGGAUAAUCAAGUUUUGUGAUCAUCACAUAUGUUCAUCCAAUCCAACAGUGAAUGAUGCAGUGAAGGUACGGAUGGAAGGAGGUGUGAUGGAGGAGUGUGAAGCAAGUGCAGACGUUCUGCUGAGUGACACUAUGGACCAGUACAGGACCUUCCAGAUGUGUGAGCGUCUGCUGCACAGUCCAACUAAACUAGCCAAUCAGCUGCUGUUCCAGAUCACUCCUCACCGACAAGCCGUCCUUAUAGAGAGGUGAUACAACAAUAUCCUCUUCAAUUGUGCUCCUAUUAUCCAAUGUGCUUUAAAGAUUCUAAUUUGAAGGUGCUUCUUUAUGGAACCAGUAACUUAGUCAAGAUGUUACUGUGGUUGUUAGAACAAAUUUUGAUUGAGGUAAAUUAAAAAAUAUGCUCAAAAAGUUUCCUGUCUGUGUUUACAGGUAUUAUGCUUUCGAUGAUGCGUUUGUUCGUGAGGUCCUGGGAAAGAAACUCUCUAAAGGAACCAAGAAAGACUUGGAUGAUAUCGGUGCCAAGACAGGUGUGACACUGAAGAGCUGUAGACGGCAGGUAAAUUAAUUAUCAGCACCACAGGGACUAUUCACAGAGACUUUUAGUCGUAUAAUGAUCAGUAAAUACUCAGUCCUUUGAGAGGAAUCUGCACCAGUUUUAAAAAUACAGCUUUUUCUUAAUUCUUAAACACUUUAACUUUAUCCACCUUAUUUAUAUUUUAAUCUUCAUUUAAUUUUGAUCCCUUUUUUUUUAAAUAUCAUAUUUCUUUUAAAGCUCUUGAUAGUAUUGUGUUGGUUUUUGACUUUGUAGAACACUUGAACUCGCUCUGUGCGUGAAUGUUUUUUUGAAUUGUACUUACAAUUUCCUUGUUGUAUUUUAAUCUUACACUGGUCAAUGUAUGAGGUGUUUUAAAUAAUUUAAAAGUAGCCACAUAUGUUCAGUUUUAAUGUCAAUGCAAAACCUUGAACCAUUAAGAGUUGCGCUAAAUAUCUUCUUCCGUCUGAUGUUUCUUCUGUCGUGUGCACGGCUCUUUUUGUGGCUGUAAAAAUCAGGUUCAUUUCAAUCACAAGGCUGUAAAUAGAUUCAACCUUUUUGUUUCCCCAUCUGUUUAAUUUCAGUUUGACAACUUCAAACGGGUUUUCAAAGUGGUGGAAGAGCUGAAGGGACCCCUGGUGGAGAACAUACGACAACAUUUUCUUCUCUCUGACAAGCUUGCAAGGUAGCCAGUGAGAGGAGCUGAAGAUUCUUUCCUAUCUCCAGUUUCUAUUCCAAAACAUUUUUGAUACCUUGGAGUUUUUUCUGGAAUUAUUUAGUUAGUUUCCAUUGUCUGCUUAUUUGAACAGUACAGCUCAUAUGUAAGUUUGAUUAUUAGGAUGCUUGAACUGCUACAACAAGCAAAGUUUCAUCUUAUGUUAAUGUUGUGUUUGUAUUUUUAGUCAAUGUUGAUAAUGCCGUCUUGUGUUGUUUCAGGGAUUAUGCUGCCAUUGUUUUCUUUGCCAACAAUCGCUUUGAGACAGGGAAAAGGAAGCUACAGUAUCUCACUUUCCAGGACUUUGCUUUCUGUGCUGGGCAGCUUAUCAACAACUGGACUGUGGGGGCGGUUGGUGAGCCUCUUUAACUGUUUGUUUUGGCUGUCUGCUGUUGUUUUUUUUAAGGCUCAUGUACAACAUCUUCAAUCACUUUUGCAACAGAUACAUCAAUCAGCUGGAACCGUCUUAAUUUGUCUUUCUUGGGCUUAAAGAUUAGUGGGGAAAAAUAUUUUGAAAAAGAAACUUAAAAAAAAAACUUUAAAAAGAGCUUUUAGAGGUUUAUUACAGAAGAAGAAGAGGCACACUGUCUGUGUUGGUGGUUUUGUUCAAGCAUUUAGAGCAGUGCCUCCUUCAGUGAAGCUCGCUGGCCACCAGAGGUCCUUCAGGUUUUACAGAUCCUCAUCAGAACAUGAAGUUGAAUGAAACUAACAUUCAAAGUCAAAAAUGUUUAUAGUAUGUACUGUCGGAUGAUGACACAAUAUCAGAAUAAUUGCAGGAGAAAUAUUAAGCAAUAGAAAAAGUAAAAAGAAAAAGAAAACCCUUUCAAAUGAAUUGAAAUGUUUCUGGCUUGUGUUUCUUUGAAGACAACAUGGUGGAGGACAUGGACGUGGACCUUGAUAAGGAGUUCUUACAGGAGCUGAAAGAACUGAAGAUUUUAAUUGCUGACAAAGAUCUGCUCGAUCAACAUAAAAGGUAAUAGAAACACACCGGAAAACCUAAUCAUUUCUUGCUGACAGCUUAGGAACACACUGGCUUUUAAUUAAAUCUUUUUCUUUUGUAUGAUUCCUCAUUUUCCAUUCUCUUGUAACUUCUCAGUUUGGUCUGCACGGCUCUCAGGGGAAAGACUAAAGCGUUUACUGAGAUGGAGGCAAAUUUCAAGGUGAGUAAAAUCAUGUCCUCACUGCAUCCUGAAUGUAAUCACUCAGUCACUUCAUCAGGAAAAGAUAGUAUUUGUUAUUUGAUGUAAAUUUUCUAUCAAUUCUGAUAGAAUCUUUCCCGAGGUCUUGUCAACAUAGCUGCAAAACUUACCAACACAAAAGAUGUCCGAGAUUUCUUCAUCGAUCUUGUGGAGAAGGUAGGCUCUUUUUAAAAUCUUAUCAUAAAAGGAAAAAAAAAAGUGUUUUCUGAGACCAGAAACAGCUUGUAAGUCUGCCGUUUCAGUCAGUAGGUGAUGUAACAGCCGCUCUUUCUUUUCCUCCCCCAGUUUAUUGAGCCGUGUCGUUCAGACAGAUGGACAGCUGCAGACAUGAGACUCUACCUCACUCACUACACCAACUCUGCUCACAUACUCGACACAUUCAAGUGAGUUAAUCUGCUUUAAUUAUGUGCAGUGAAACCUAUAAAUCAGCAUUUGGCACUAAUGCUAGCUGUGGUUGUUAUUUAAAGGGAGGCCAAGCAGUGCUAAAAAUAGACAUGAUUUUAUAGAGAGUGAUAAUUGAAUAAUGACACACACUUUGGCAGCCAUUAAACAGGACUCAGACAUGCUGUAAGUCAAAAUCCUCCUGUAUAUUGACGUCCCUGUUCUGCCAGAGGGUGUCACCCUAUCUCGGCCCUGAUUUCUCAAACUGUAGUUACCUUGUUUCUCAUGCAAACACUCUGGAAUGUUGUUAAGGGUUUACACAGCCCUGCACCACUACAUGCUUAACAAAGACAUAUUCAUAAAAAGAAACAUAGAGCCCCCCCUCAUCACUCUGAGUGGACAAGGAUUGCCUCAUUUACUCUUCUCACCCAGAUUUCUCAAAUACAGUGAGUCAUUAGACUCUCCCAGCACUGUUAUGUUCUGUAUACUCACAGUUAACUCUCUUUCUGUCUCUGUUCUUUGCCCCUCAGACAUCAGGUUGUGUGGGACAGAUACAUGGGCGUCAUCAAAAGCUGUAUCUUCAAGAUGUAUCACGACUGAAGCAUUUUCUUUGUUACUGGCUCCUGCUCCUCCCUUGUUUUUUCGUGUUUGUCCCCCCCCGCUGAAGCUGUUCUGGCCUUCCCCUGAUUUGUUUCUUCAGCAGGGAUUAUUUCUGCUUUUCAAGCCCCAUUAUUGUUUUCAGCCUCCUGGUCAGCACCUCUCGUGUCCCCGGUGUCUGUAUAUUUGGCUUGUAAAUAAAAUUAACAUAUUUACAUAA